GUCCCCCGCCGCAGUGGGCGUCAUGGCGCUCCCUGGGGCCCGGGCUCGAAGCUGGGCGGCAGCAGCCAGAAUGGCCCAGAGGCGCCGCCACGCGCAGGGUGCGGGCGAAUCCCCGAGUCUGGCGCCCCGGAGCCAGCGCGCGGCGCUGUAUGUUCACUGGCCGUACUGCGAGAAGCGCUGCUGUUACUGCAACUUCAACAAGUACAUCCCCCGCGGCGUGGAGGAGGCCGCUAUGCGGAGCUGUUUGGUGACCGAGGCUCAGACGUUGCUGCGGCUCAGCGGGGUGCGGCGGGUGGAGUCUGUGUUCUUUGGUGGGGGCACCCCCAGUCUGGCCAGUCCCCGCACUGUGGCUGCUGUCCUGGAGGCAGUGGCCCAGGCAACCUGCCUGCCUGCAGACUCCGAAGUCACAUUGGAGGUCAACCCCACUUCGGCCCCAGGCUCCAGGCUGGCAGCAUUCGGGGCAGCAGGAGUCAACAGGUUGUCCAUUGGCCUCCAGUCACUGGAUGACACUGAGCUCCGGCUGCUGGGGCGGACACACUCGGCUAGCAAUGCUCUGCGCACCCUGGCGGAGGCCCGGCACCUCUUCCCCGGGCGUGUAUCUGUGGACCUGAUGCUGGGGCUGCCGGCGCAGCAGGUGGGGCCGUGGCUUGGGCAGCUGCGGGAACUGCUUCGCCACUGUGACGACCACAUCUCCCUCUACCAGCUGUCCCUGGAGCGCGGCACCACACUCUUCACCCAGGUGCAGCAGAACGCCCUUCCUGCCCCUGACCCCGAGAUUGCUGCUGAGAUGUACCAGGAGGGACGGGCAGUCCUUCGGGAGGCUGGCUUCCGCCAGUAUGAGGUCUCCAACUUCGCCCGGAAUGGGGCGCUCAGUACCCACAAUUGGACUUACUGGCAGUGUGGGCAGUACCUUGGCGUUGGGCCUGGGGCCCAUGGGCGAUUUAUGCCCCAGGGGGCUGGAGGCUACAUCCGGGAGGCUCGGAUCCAGACCCUGGAGCCUGACAACUGGAUGAAGGAAGUGAUGCUCUGCGGUCACGGCACCCGGAAGCGUGUCCCCCUGGGCGAGCUGGAGCUGCUGGAGGAAGUUUUGGCCAUGGGGCUACGCACAGACGUGGGGAUCACUCACCAACACUGGCAGCAGUUUGAGCCGCAGCUGACCUUGUGGGACGUGUUUGGAGCGAGCACGGAGGUGAAGGUGCUGCGGGAACAGGGCUUCUUGCUGCUGGAUCACAGGGGUCUUCGGUGUUCCUGGGAGGGUCUGGCUGUGCUGGACUCUCUGUUGCUGAUCCUUCUUCCUCAACUCCAAGAGGCCUGGCAGCAGAGAACUCCCUCCCCUGUGCCAGGAGGAUGACCAGAUGUUCCUGUAUCCCAGGACAAUGCCGGGUGGGCUUUGGGGGUUGGGCUCACACUGCAGACAUCUCCACUGCCAGAUGCAGUCUCAGCUCUGGUCAUUGCCCAGCCCUGGCAUCCCCAAGGGAAUGGCUACAAUGAGGUAGAUGGGAGGACAUUUCUGGUCUGGGAACUGGCAUCAAGUCCACUCACCACUGCCAGAGAGGGAGUAAUAGUUUCUGCAAGUGCCUCUCAUUAGUGGACUCU